UCGCGCGUGCCAACCCUUGGCGCCUGCGCAGACGGCGGCGUCCGCCCGUCACCAUGGCAGCGUGCGCUGGGGGCCCGGGGUCCUGGAGUGAAAAUAUACUGGAAUAUUUUCUGAGAAACAGCCAGAUCACAACAGAAGAUGGCGCUGAGAUUGUCUGGUAUCACGCAGCCAACCACAAGUCCCAGAUGCAUGAGGCACUGAAGAGUGCUGCCCACAUGAUAGAGGCUGACGUCCUUCUUCCUGGUGACGGAUCAGAGCAUGGCCAGCCGGUCAUGGCCCAUCCUCCUGAGACGAGCAGCGACAACACUCUGGGGGAGUGGCUGGCUGAGGUCAGGAAGAGCAGCAAGGGCAUCAAGUUGGAUUUCAAGAGUCUGGCGGCCGCUCGGGCGUCCAUGCUGCCCCUGGAGGGUGUAAAGCAGCACCUUCGUCGUCCCGUGUGGAUGAAUGCUGAUGUUCUUCCCGGGCCACAGGGGAGCGGCCAGGUAGUGGAUGCCAGAGCCUUUGUAGACACUGUGACAUCCUUCUUUCCAGAUGUGACUUUCUCCUUGGGUUGGACAACAGGAUGGCAUCCUGAAAAAGUCAACGAAGGCUACAGUUGGUCAAUGGUGAAAGAGAUGGACUACAUAUGCAGUGGACUAACCCAGCCUGUCACGUUCCCUGUCAGGGCAGCUUUAGUCAGGCAAUCUUGCUCUCAGUUGCUCUGGCUAUUGAAGAAAUCAAACAGGUACAGCCUGACUGUUUGGACUGGAAAAGAUGACAUUUAUUCCACUGAAGAUUUACUUUACAUUAGAGACUACUUUAAUAAAACUCAAGUUUUCUAUGAUGUUUUGGAACCACAAAGCCAUGAAUUUAAACGAGCCAUUGGAAUCCAAGCCACUCUUUAAGAAUACAGUUCUUAAAAAAAAAAAAAAAAAAAAAAAAAUUCAGUUUUCCUAAAUAGUUUUUACUUUGGC